UGGAAAAAAAGUGAAGAAGAAAACAGAAAUAAUAUAAUAAAAAAAAAAAAUUCAACAUCUCUCGACUACAUUCGAAGCUUUUAUUGCUUAUUUUUCUCCAUUUGAGAAGCUAUGAGCGGCGAUUCUGUUUUUUUUUUGUUUCGAGUUUUGUCAGUAAUAAUCUGCAAUCGGUGCUGCUCACUCCUCGCCCGGUGUGACUCUUUUCAUUAGCUGUUCUGUUGGUUUUCUUACGUGCUCGGUUGACUGAACUGUUUAUAAAUUCAAAAGUUUGAAGUGUUUUUUUUUCUUCGUCUCUCUCGAAAAAUUUUCGCCCUAAAAAUUUCAAUAAACUAUCCUAAGCCACCUAAUUUCGUAACUAUAUUAAGAGAUUUCGUGGGUUUGUUCGUUCGUUCUCUUUCAAAAUCCAAAAAAAGGAAAAGAAAACAAAUUCCAAAAACAAUAAAAAAAUGAAAAGUAAAUUUGUGAACUUUCUCUCUUUCACGUCAUUCAUUUUCGGCAAAGUUGUUGUGAAUCAAGAGAAUUGAAUUUGAAAUAAUAUCGAUAAACAUGUGUGUUGGUUUAUUCUGUCAGUUUUAAGCAUUUUAAUUAUGGUCAAAGUCAUAGGUCACCCUCAAAAUGUGACUACGAGUCAUUAAAGUUAAUUUCCACUUGUAGCACGACAAUCAAAACAAACGUUAAUGAUUUGCACUUUAAAAGUUAAUAAUAAUAACUGAGAGUUUUGGUAGAUUUUACACAAUAUUCUUGUUUAUGAGUCUGAAGACUAAAGCUAAAACUAAGACUACGAAGAAAAAAAAGGCUAAAAGAAUAAACAUUGCCAAUCAAGCCUCCAACGUGUAUAUGUGAUAAGUUUCUUGUGAUAAAAAACAAAAAAACUUUUUUUGAAAGAAGAAAUAUUCUUUAAGAAUAAAAGAAAUAAAAAAAGUCAUUCAGUUGCUGUCUGUCGAAGAGACGUUGUGUGUUGUUGAUGAAGGUGAAAAAGGAAAGAAAUUACACGGUGGACAUGAAGAGUGAGUUAGAUAUAUUGAAUUAUGGCGGGCAUGACUAUCUGCUUAGUGCAAGUGCACUGCCUUUGGAGGAGCACUUGUUUCAACCACAUUUCAGUAUUUUGGACACAGAGGAUGAAACAUCGUCACCGACAAUGAUGGACGAUGUGAAGGAUCUUCAACUGAUUGGAAUGGCUAAUGGACACAGCAAUGGUAAUUGUAACGUUUGUGCAAUUUGUGGUGAUCGUGCAACUGGUAAGCAUUACGGUGCUGCAAGUUGUGAUGGUUGCAAAGGAUUUUUUCGCCGAAGUGUUAGAAAGAAUCACACAUAUUCAUGUCGCUUUUCGCGACAAUGUGUUGUCGACAAGGAUAAGCGAAAUCAGUGUCGCUAUUGCCGACUGAGAAAAUGCUUUAAAGCUGGAAUGAAAAAGGAAGCUGUGCAGAAUGAACGUGAUCGAAUAAGUUGUCGUCGACCAAGUACAGAAGAAUCAAACGCUGGAAAUGGAUUGUCAGUGAAAUUCCUUUUAAAGGCAGAAAUGUUAUCACGACAAGUUACAGCAGCACUUGAUGAUGUCACGAAUGACAACGAUUUGAGUAAUAAGCAAUAUGCGAGCAUUCACGAUGUUUGUGAUUCAAUGAAGCAGCAACUUUUGAUUCUUGUCGAAUGGGCUAAAUCGAUUCCAGCUUUUGCUGAACUACAGUUAGACGACCAAGUUGCUUUGUUACGUGGACACGCCGGAGAACAUUUGUUGUUGGGUGUGUCAAGACGUUCGAUGCAUCUUCAGGGCGUUUUAUUGUUAGGCAAUCACAGUAUCAUCAUGAAAACAUCACCAGAACAAAACAGAAUGGAACCGAAUUUAGACAUGUCAAAGAUUGGCGCAAGAAUCAUUGACGAGCUUGUAAGUGCAAUGAAAGAGAUUCAACUUGAUGAUGAAGAGCUAGCAUGUGUUAAAGCUCUUGUGUUCUUUGAUCCAAACGCUAAAGGAUUGACAGAACCAUCACGUGUUAAAGGAAUUCGUCAUCAGAUUCUUAAGAACUUGGAAGAUUAUAUAAGUGAUAAACUUUACGACUCUCGUGGUCGUUUUGGGGAAAUUCUUCUCUUGUUACCAGUUGUUCAGUCAAUAACAUGGCAAAUGAUUCAACAAAUUGAAGUUGCGAAGAUGAUUGGCGUUGCACAUAUCGAUAAUUUAUUGCAAGAAAUGCUUCUUGGUGGUGAAACGCCACCAAUGGAUUCAACGCCAAUAGCUUUCAGUCCAACAUCAAACGGAAAUGUUUCAGCUGGUGAGAAUGAAAGUUUAUUGAACAGCGGAAAUCCAAAUGGAAAUGGAAACAACACAGAUAACGAUACAGGUCACUUAGAGCCAACAUUAAACAAUGUAAAUCUUCUUCAGUCAUCAUCAGCGUCAUCUGAAUCACAUCAACAACAACAGCAGCAGCUUCAAACGAUCGGUAGUGAUGAAUAUAAACAGAAAGAUAAUAAUCAAAAUUUCGUACCAGAAAGCAACUUGGAAAUGUAUCAACAGCAAUCACAGCAACAUCAGCAACAGACACACGUAAGUCCUCGUGUCCAACCAUACGACCUUAAUAUGGCACAUCAACAAGCCCACCAUCAUCAUCACCACCAUCACCAUCAUCAUUUAAGAUCAACCAACGGUGGAGGUGGACUCAUGAAUCAAUACAACAAUAGCAAUGGUAACAACAACGGUCGAAAGAUCUCAUCGCCUUAUAAAAACAUAAAUCAUCAGAAUCCAAUGUACGAUGGAAUGGUGACAAGUUCAAGUGGAAACGAAAUGAUGGUGCUGAAAGAAGAACCGGAAAAUGGAUAUUAAUAACUUGCCAUGUGCCUUUCCUUUUUCCUUCUCGUCUCAUCUCAUUUUCAAGCCCUUAAAACUUCAUCAUCAUCUAAAGUUGCUUUUAAGAUUUAUUCAUUUCUAAUGAACAUUAUUUAAGAAAGAAAAUCAACAAGUAGUGAACGUUUAUUUAUUGUUGAGAUUGGAUGAAGAGAAAAAACAAACAAAUAAAGUUAUUAAGAGAAGAAUUUUUAAGGAUUCAGAAAACAUUUUGUCAUCAUCUUUAACAACGAUCGAUUAUAAACAUUCAAUGUGAUAUAACAAACAAUGAACGCAAUAUGUUUCGAGCUCAAGUCUCGCGUGAUUAAAAUAGUUGAGUCACUCUAACAAGUCGUUUUAAAGACUUUCCUAAAUAAUGAUAUAUUUUGUAUUUAAUUAAGUGGCUCAGUUGAAGGCUGUCGAUAUUCAAACGAGAAUUAAAAUGACGAUUAAGAUUUCACUAGAAGUUUCACACAAAAUAUAUUGUAUAAUGAUACCAAAACUUCUUUAACUUUGAAUGUCGAAAGUUUUAAACUUCAAUAAACUUCCUUCUUUUUUAUAUAAAACAUUUUUUAAAAAAAAGUUUGCGCUCCUGUAAACUCUAACAAAUUUCAUUUAGCUGUAGUUGCUGGUGAUUUGUAACUUAUUCCAGCUCUUUGCUGGAUAAAACUAAAAUUCUUUUAACUCAAAUGUUAAGUUUUCUUUUGUUUAAUAUUCAUUUUAUAUCCUAAGGUGAAAUGUUACAUCAUUAAAGUUUUAAAUUCAUGUUAUAAUUAGCCAAAAACAAGAAGAAUAAGAAAAAGGUUUUUACAUAUAAGAAAGAGAAAUAAAUUGAAAUUUUUUAUUAAAGAAUUUCUGCUGUGCUGUUGUUUAUUCCAAAGAGUGAAUUGAAUAAUUCUGUUCUAGCUUCAUCAGUCAUUUCGCUUUCAUCCUUUGGUGGCAUAAAGUUGACAAGUUUAUUGUGAACAAUGUAACGAAUUUUUCUUCCUUUCGAAGCUCGAGUGUCAACUUUUUUCUUCAUUUUGUUUCGAACUUUUUGUAAUUCGACGAAUUUUCUAGUAAUUUCCGAUUGAUUCUCAUCGAUGUUGCUUUUAUAUUCGAUAAGUUCACGAAGAAGUUGAUGAUAGAAUUCUGAGUCAUCGAAGAUUUCCGGAAGAUGAACUUCAUCGUUGUUAUCUUCAGACUGCUGUAAUGUUUCCAAACCACCAAAGACUUCGAAGUCACCACGAUAAAGUUGAGUUUUACGAAUCAUUUCAUUUUUUCCUAGCAAAGCAUUUUCAAUCUUUGACACGAUGUUUAUAUUAGCAAAUGGAUUCUUCAAAUCUUUAACAGUUUUCGUUCUUUCAUGCCACUUGUCAAGUGUUUUAUUACGAAAUUCUUUAUAAGCUUCGUAAUCAUCUCCAAUCUCUUCUGAAUAAUCUGCCAGUUUUGUUCUCUUCAAAACAUUUUGAUUAUCUUCAUCUUUCUUUCGUUUUUUCGUUUUGAGAAUGUCUUUCGAUUCUGAAAAACGCUUACCUGGUGACCAAAGUUCUUUGAAGUUCAAGAAGAUUAUCGAGAAGUGAAUGGAUAGAUGAACAAGUCUCAUCAACUUUCUCAGCAAAUGGAGAAUCUUCCACUGUUGAGAGUUCAAGGUGGUCAGUGAAGUUUGGAAGUCUGUUAGCAGUUAUCAACAUCUUCUGUGACUUUAUCCUAACUUCGAGUAAUUUUUCCCAAAUUUUCAAUUGAUUUUGAACGCAUACACCUUUUUUGAUUUCGUCGUCCAGCGAUACACUUUUGAGAAUGUCUGUCUUUCCAUUAGAAGUACGCUCUGAAGAGUUAGCGCCAUAUUCGCUCAGUCCUAGCAUAUCAAAGUCAUCUUCAUAAUCAUCUUCAUUUCCAUCACUUUCAUCCAUAUCAUCAUCAGCAGAUUCGUUUUCAUCGUCCACAUCUGAAUUGUUACUUUCGUCUUCACUAUCAGUAGCACAUUCAUCAUUCUUUUCAGAUUCAUCUUCGCUGUCUUUAAGCUCAUCAGAAUCUACAGAUUCAUCUUCCCAUUCCUUCCUGCUCACAAUUUUUCCUUUAUAUUUACUGUCUAAUUCACUUAAAUUCUUAGCUGAUUGUUUUCUUAUACUGCUCAAAUGAACAUUUUUAUUUGUAGAAUCUGAGAACUCUCUGAAUUCUUCAAUUUUUGCUUCAUUCUCAUCAGUUUCUUCAACAAGUUCUUUUGGUUUCAAAACAUCAUUGAUUUGAUCAGAAAUUGAUUUUCUGCUUUUUGUAGAUGACAUUUUUAUUUAAUUAUAAUGAAUUUAAUAUCAAAAUAAGUCGUGUUUUUAUGUAAUUUUUAAAAAAUCUAUAUUUGACUUAUUGCAACUUUCAACCUCAUGUUAAU